GGUUGAUUCCAUUUCAAUUAUGAUCACAUAUCAGAAAUAGCAAACAGUGGCAAAAAAACACAGCGAGAGUAUCAACAACUAAAGCGACCAACGUGCGAGAUGAGAAUUCUUCCUUCGAUGUUUCGGGCAAUCGCCAUUCUGGUGUCUGUUUUUGUUAUUCCAACCCGAGUGGUUCCCGCUAGCGGUGUCGUUCCGGAGAGCGUGUCUGAGAUUGUAGAAGAAGAAGAUGCAACAGAAGAAGACGAAGCGUUCCAAGACUUUGUCCACGCAACUGGUGCUGGUGGUCCUGAUGAGACUGGUGCCGUUGCAAAGAUCGAGCACCAGGGGAGCAAAACCAAAACCAAUGAUGCAGAAGAUAGUAUCGUUCGCAAACAUUACCUAUCGCGGUUUCCCUUAUUUCGGUUUUUCCAGAACGAACCACCCAAGAAGAAUCAAUACACUGAUUUUCGGCACAAACUACCGUUCUUCGUUUCGAUGUUUGGUGGUCACGAAAAUGAUUCGAAACCCGCACAGGACCCUGGUCGCCCAACGAACGAACGCGUCAUCGAUGACAAAGACGGCUUCCACGGAGAUAGGGAGAAAAUCGAGCAGGUAAUGCAAAGGUUUUACGAAGGUGUAGAGGAGUAUCCCAGGUUUGCAAGAAGCAUCGUGUCCUCUCUGAUAGCCACACGAAGCCGUCGACAAGUCCACAACCGAUACGACUAUCGAACAACCCAAAACCUCCUCUUGCUUCGACCACGAACAAUUCCACACAACUAUGAGAAAGAUGAACAUGCAAAUGGGGAUCGUGCUAACAAGGAUGAUGAGGACGAGGACGACAACAACGACGAAUUGCAGCCGGGCACAGUAUUGGAAGUCUCUUCUCGGCGUUCGCCUACCCAUAUGCAGAAUGGGAACAGCGAUGUCUCGUACGAACUCGUGAAAAAGAUACCCCACGAGCUAGGCGAGGCGCCACCAAAACAUUACUCGGAUUUUGCCUACACCUCUGUUAUAAUAAAAGAAUCGUUUUCGUCGACGACAUCGCCGUUCGUACCUGUUUCUGUUCAACCAUUGGUUACCUCGAACUCUGCCAAGGACGCUGCGGCAGAAGUGAAUAACAAUGGCAACGAGGACCACGAGAACAGCAGCAACAAAAAGCUGUAUUUUGAUCGGUCGUCACCGAAUGUCGCCUUUUUCCCUUCCGACUGGUGGAAAUGGUGGAUGCCCUUCUCAGACAGCGAUUGGUGGAAGACAAACGGGUCCACHAAGGACGAUUUUCGCACAGUAGAGUCGACCGCUUUUGCGGGUGGCAGUAACGGAGAGGUUUGGAGGGGGCGACGGGUUUGUCAAAAAAAGCACGAGAGCGAAUCAGACGCGGACAAUGUCAACGAAUAUGCAAAGUAUCGCGAUAACCAAGCUAUGUUUGGGAAGUCAAACAGCCAGAAUAAUAUCAAGAACAAAAAACAAUCAUGGAAGGAGGAGAACCAUGAAGGCAGUUGUUUCGAUUUUGAUGACACGAAAUCCUGCGAUGGUGACGACCCAGAUGGUGAACCGAUAGCUGGAGGCGACGACAAAAAAUGCGAUGACCAAACUCCCUUGGUGCUGAAACGUCUGAAAAUCGAACGAGGAUAUCUAUUGUUGGAGGCGGGGUUGAGAGAGAUCUACUUUGGAAAAUUGAUUUCGCGAGUGCUAGAGGAAAGCAAGCGUGAUAGUUUCACGGUGUACGUCGAUCAUUUCUUUCGAGAAGUUCCGCAACGACGACGUACAUACAACAACAAAAGGGUGUUUGGAGGGCUCCCAACAAAGAACCAAAACAACGAUGAAUAUGAUGACGACGACUCUAAUAAUAAGGAUUAUCAAGCGGCAAAUGAUUUGGAAUUGUGGAUUGUCUUUGAAGAUGCUGGACCGUCUCUACGAUCCUACAUAUACACCCCAUUGGCAUCAGAUGGCGGAUUUGUCAUGCAUCAGCACAGCAAGUUGUGGACUAUGCUCCGCACCUUCACUAAUGAGAAACGAGCAACUUCGAAAGAGAGAACCAGACCGAGAGACAGAGAUCGCAACAAUUGGGAAGGAGACGAUGGUGAUUCGUCUCUAGAAAUUAGAAAUAAUUCUACCGAACCAACUCGGUCGCCGACCAAGGGAGGAGAGCAGCUGAACCAAAAGAAGAUCGGACAACAGUUUAUGCAAAAAAUUCUCCGCGAGAUUCUCGAGGCAGCGGCCGAGUUGCACAGGAGAGGAAUCGUCCACCGCGAUAUCAAACCCUCCAAUGUUAUGUGCAAAUCGGACAAGCCGUUGUCCGAUCUUUUUAAGGCGUCGUCAUCUGAUUCAUUGUUGCUAAACAUAGAUUGUCGGUUGGGAGACUUUUCGUCAGGAUGGGACCGGUACACCUCCGAAAAGCUAUUCACCAAGGGGCCCACUCCGGGUGAACAAACUGACGAGUACGCGCCGCCUGAAUCCUACGUUGGGCCUUAUUGGAAACCCUUCGAUAAAGACAAGCCACAUUCCUAUGAUUCCUGGAGCAUUGGAGUUCUGGCUCUAGAGUUGCUUCUCGGGACACCCCAAGUCUUUUCGGUCGAUCAGCGAACAAACGCGCUGUUGACAAAUCAGAUGAAACGCGCUGGGGCAUCGGACGACGAACUCGAAUAUGCUUUGUUUCUGGCGGCACUCUCAAACUUUUGCAUUUUUGUCCCGUCCAACGUAGCUUCUAGGGUAGAGGAAAGCUGGCCCCUCGGGCGCGGCGAUCCAUUACACAAGGUAACUAGCAAAUGUGCACGAGCGGAUUUCGGCUGAAAUCUUACUGUGUACAUUCAUGAUAUAAGACUUGAAGGCUGCCCAGCCUAAGCAACCCUUUUGUUCUUUUCUAUAAUCGUUGUAUUUUGAAGACUGCAAUGGUGACGGAAUCUUGUACGCUUCAAGAUUUUCAUCGUGCACUCCGAGCUCGUGAUCCCCUGGGAAUUGGAUUCGACUCAUCAACCGAUCUUCUCUUGCAUCUCAUAUGGAAGCUACUCGCGUACGAGCCAAACGAACGCAUUACCGCUGAGGAGGCCCUCAAUCACCCAUACUUCAUUAGUCCCGAUGGAACCUUAGAGUCCCUAAAUCGAAUACCGGGUUUUCACAACGCCCUGGAGUCUCAGAUGCUCGAUCCUCGAAUAGAUUUCGAUGCAGAAGAUGAGGUGAAAGAUUUCGAGUGCCCUCGCUGUGGCAGAGUCUUCCACGACUGGCGGUCUUGUCACCAGCAUGCCAAUCUCCGGAAACACGCAAAGUUCUGUAGCUACAAUCGUAGCGCACUCCCAUCUUGCAUCAAUACGCAUUCUAUGCUUCCGGAACAUGCAACAUCGGGAUGGUGUGAUUUGCAGGGGCGGAGACCAACUAUCGAGGAUUUCCAUUCUAUUCAUCUUCACCAAGACCAUCAAUUUUAUGGUAUCUUCGAUGGUCACAGUAAGUGUUGAUUCAAUACGGUCGAUUACGUAGGUAGUCGAGGUAUGAAGUCUAAAUGAGCUGAUGAAGAUAGUGAGAUUUGCUUUUCUUCGAAUUGUGUGAUAACAAAGUCUCGUCUCUACAAUUUUCUUGCAUUGCAUCCAUGUACGUAUGGAUAUAUAUACAGCGGGUAACCUCGCAUCAAAAUUUGCUACUUCGGAAUUGUAUAGAGAGCUUCUUAAUCAUCUUCCCAGCGUCAGAGAACUGAAUCGACAAAGUGACAGCGACAGCACAGGUGAAUGGAAAGAAAGAAUCAAGACUAAUGUGACGAACGCCUUCGAAGUGGUUCACGAAAGAUUUUUAGAUAGAAUAAAUACCGUGACUUCGCAUUCCAUACCGAAAAUGGAUCAAAGCGGGACGACGGCGACGGCUAUGCUAGUGACUGAUUCGGUUGUAAUUGUGGCAGUUUUGGGUGACUCGAGGGGUGUUAUGGCAUCUGCCAAGGACAGAGAUGGUGAGGGGGUUUCGGGAUCGUCAAAAAGGAGUCGCAAAAUCCAUUGGAAGGAUUUUCCGAGCGUAUCGGCAAUUCCGUUUUCCAUCGAUCACGUUGCUUCCGAUCCAAGGGAGCGCGAAUUAGUGAUCCAGCGGGGUGGAUUUGUGAGCAACGUGGGGGGCAUGCCCCGCGUCAACGGCACCCUAGCGAUCACGCGCUCCAUUGGUGACGCCAAUCUGGCUCCCGUUCUUUCCCGAGAACCAAGUGUCGUGGCCUUUGAUCGGUCGGAGAUGAAAGAUAUGUGUGGAGAUCUCGGCCAGUCAGAGGAACGGAGUAAUGCGGUAGCCAUCCCCUGCUUUGUUAUAUUAGGUAAGUCUAUCGUUUUUGCUUAAACCGGAAUGCGCCAACAUUCAAACUAACAAUUCUUUUUCGAAACCAACCAACAUGCGCAGCGAGCGAUGGAUUGUGGGACGUUAUGAGCAAUCAAGAGGCAGUAGACUUCGUGGUCGACACCUUUUUACAACGCAGCAAAGCCCCGAACGCCUCCGACGAAAUAGCUCUGUUCUCGCAGGCAAAGGAAGAGGACAGCUACGAAGGCAAUGUAGGGGUCUUUCAAGAAUCUGCGGAACGUCUUGCCGUUGAGGCAUACGUACGAGGAAGCACCGACAACAUCGGCGUAUGUGUGGUGGCAAUCGACUGAUGGUAUCACAAUGAUAAUAGAUUGAUGUUGAACCG